AUGGCGUCUAAUAAAAUCCAUUGGAUUUAUGAAUAUGUCAUGGAAAAUGUCAACAGUUUGCCUCCGUCAGAAUAUAAGUUGCCAAAUUCCAUUCAAAUGUCUUUCAUUGUGGAUAAAAAUAAUUACAAAUUGUUGGAAUUUGCCGCCGAAGUUAUGGUCUAUUUUGAAAAACAUAAAAUAAUAGAAAUCGCCAAGAGAAUUUUGAUAGAAUGUGCACUAGAACGUCCCCGUAAUACCCAGUUAUGGAUUGCAAAAAAUAUUAAACGUAUUGCUGUAGAAAUUUAUGAUGAUUGUUUGAAGGGGGGAAAAUGUGGUAUGGUGGCCAGCUUAAAUAUGACACCCCGUUAUCUAUAUCGUGUAGUUAUGUUUGGUAGGCAUGGUUCGGGUCGGAAAACACAAGCCCAAUAUUUGAUAAAACGUUUUAAUUUGAUUUUAAUUGAUGCUGAAAAAUUAAUAUAUCAACAUUUAAGAGGUGAUGAUACGGCACCUCAUGAUCCUUUGGCUCGAGAAUUGCAGCGUGCAUUUUAUUAUGAUAAUUGCCAGGCGAAAUUGCAAGCUUUGGCCAAUAUUAUUUCCAGACGUUUGUUGGAUUGUGAUUGUUUGCGACAUGGUUGGAUUUUAAUAAAUUUUCCCCAUACUUUGCAAGAUAUUCAAGAACUAAUGGAGAGAUUUAAAAUACCACCCAAUAAAUUUGUCUAUUUAAGGUGUCCCGAAAAGAUGUGCAUGCUAAGGCUUAUAAAUAUGCCAAAUAUGAAAGAAACAUUGCAAGCAAAUUGUGAUUAUUAUGAACAGAAGAUGCGUUUUUUCAAUAAUCAAGAACCACAAAUUGAAUCAUAUCUCAUGAAGCGUCAAGAAACUAUUAUCGUAGAUGCCUCACAGCCAACGAAUGUGGUAAAAACCGAGAUGUUAUCACUAAUCGAGAAAACACCAUAUCUCAUGGGAUUUAAACAUGAUCUAAUAGAAAAAUAA